AAAUCGGAAUGAUGUGACCGGGUGUUCGAAAUACAAUAUUUCUUGGCAAUGUUAUAUAAUGACUGGAGAUCGUAAUGAACAGUGUCGGAUGUUCAGAAUGUAUGUUUAACAGUAUUUUUACAUAAAAAGAACGGAACGAGAUUAACAGGAAGUUCGUAAGAGAAUUUACAGAAAGAUCGUAACGGAUAAAAGUGAAGAGAAAAUAUUUCUUUUUUUUUAAUUAGAGAUAGAAUAAGAAAAAUAAAAGCAAUCUUGAUUGGUUACAUUUAUCAAAACGCUCUUCAUUCUCUACCAUAGACUGUAAAACAAGCUUGUUACUUUACAAUCUCUGAAAAGUGAGCAAAUAUCAACAUAGUUACGAACAUCCUAUGAUUUUUAUUACGAUUCUCCUGCCUUUGUCGUUACGAACUUCUGGACUUUCUCAUUCCGAUCUUCAGUCAAAUUUUAUCUCUUCAAUCAUCGUUAAUGUGUUGUCAAAGUUUGUUACGAAGUCCUGGACACAGAUCUCAUUCCGAACAUCCGAUCUUUUUUCUUAUGUUCGAAGAUCGUUACGAACUACUGCUACCGGAGUUCGUAACGAGGAGGUGAGACGAAGUGUCAUUUUCCUCUUUGGACACUCGAAGACUCCAACUGUUAUUUUCAUUUUCUAUAAAGCUUUUCAUAACUGUUAAUCAUCAUUAAUCUUUUUCAUUGACCUCAAUAGGCACUCGAAGAUAUAUGUAAUCAAGAAAACUUAGAUUCAUCUGAAUGGGGCCUUACACAUCAGCGUAAAAAAUGUGAUUUAACAGUGCCAUGGCGUUUAGCAAGCAUUCCAACAAAUGCUCUUUUAGAAAUGUAUAAAUUAGAAGAACGCCGACCAACAAGUGAUAUUACUGUACAAUUACAAUUACCAGAUAGUUCAAGACAUGCGGGUAAUUUUAACCCUUCAAUCACUCUUCAAGAAAUGCUGAAUUGGUAUCGUAGUCAAUCCGAAAGUAUGAUAGCUGCUCUUGAUACUUCAAUGAACGUUGAUAAUAAGUUAUUUCCUGUUUGUUCAUAUAUGAGCGAAGAAGUGAUCGGUAAUUAUGCUUUAUCAAAUACAGCAUUACGUGAAUUAGGUCUCACCUGUGGUGCAGCUGUCGUUCGGUAUGUGAAAAAAAAAAAAAUCUUUUACAUUGAAAAUAAUGAGCGAUCAGAAAGUUUUUAGAUAAGAUGUUUGUUUAUUAUUGAUCUCCUAGUGAAAUAAUCUUUGAAAAGUGAAAAAAAGAAAAUUAAUUUAUAUAUUAGGACCAAAAAGGUUUCUUACAACUCUUGAACAAAAAUAGACACAACAUUUCUAAGUUUAUAUUCAAAUUCUGAUUGCAGUUUAUACUAACAUAUUUUCAAGCAGUCUAGGAUGAACAAACAUGUUCACUCGAAAGGUGUUUGGACCUUAUUAAAGAUUGUUUCACUAAUCUCAAACUAAUGCUGAGCAGAGCUGGAACCGGUAAGAAAUUUUGAAAACGGUCCGGUCCGGCCGGAAAACGGCCGUUUAUAAGUUGUUCUUGAACCGGUGAAUUUCCGGCAAUAUGAAUAGGUACUGAUAUGAAUACAAGUAAUGCUUCUGUGUUUUCGAUAUAGCAAAUGAUUGAAAAAUUUUUAGACAAGAUGUU